UCGUCAAGCGGCGCUUCAUUGAGUUUCAGUUCGCGCCGCUAUCUUUCGGACGAACUAUUACUCCACCUGGAAUUUUUGUAAUUGACCUUAUCGCCAGGGCCGCAACAACGCGCUCUCAUCCCUCAUGGGUCGGAGAAAGAUCGAGAUCAAGGCGAUCAAAGAUGACCGCAAUCGCUCAGUGACCUUUCUCAAGCGAAAGGGUGGUCUCUUCAAGAAGGCACAUGAACUUGCAGUUCUUUGUUCGGUUGAUGUCGCUGUCAUCAUCUUUGGUCACAAUAAGAAGCUCUAUGAAUUCUCGUCUUGUGAUAUGCGAGAGACGCUCACUCGAUAUCAAUAUUUCGGUCCUCCUCAUGAACACAAAGGUCCCGAAGACUUUAACGGCAAACGCGACGAUGACGAUGACGAAGAUGAGACAACUCCCGCCCCCGAAGACAUGCAUCCGACACCUCCAAAUCCUCCCAUGAUUCCCGCCCAUAUCCCCGGUCAUCCUGGCUUUCAACAUGUCAAUCACGCCCCAUCAGCCUCUCCACCGAUUCCAAAUGGGAUUCCCUUUGAUCCUCGUCAUGGUACCCCUCAACCACAAGGUGUCUCGAGACCGUCAUCAAGAAAUCAAUUGCGUCGCGUCAGCUCAAACAUGGGUCCUCAACAACAUCACGCCACGCCGCCGCCGCCUCCGCCGCCUCCGCAAAAUGGAUUCACGUACAUUCCAAAUCCGUCCGUCUACAAUCCAGCGGUUGCCCAUCCCAUGGCUCAGCCUCCUCGACCCGGUCAGUAUGCGCAUUAUGGGCCGCCGGGGCCGCAUCAUCAGCCUGGGCCCCCCCAGCACCAGCAUCAGCCCAUGCCGGCCCAGGCAAUGCCUCCGCACUCGAUGGCGCCUCAACCCAUGCCGCAGCAUCUCGCACCACAUCCACAUGCUAUGACACCGCAGCCGCCACAUAUGGCCAUAUCGCAGGCGCCGCAUCAUCCGCCCAUACCGCAGGUUGCCCAGGCCUUCCUCGCCGAACAAGGACGAGCUUCCAUGCCCCCAGCGUUUGCACAGCACGAGCCGCAGCCGCAACCCCCACGGACGGUAUCCCUUCCCGAGGCGACCGCUGCAGAGCAGAUACCGGGCCAAUUGAAGGCAGAGGGAAGUCCUUCGCCCCCGCACCAAAGAUCCCUAUCGUCCAAGUCGCGCAGUAUUUUUACCCCGAUCGACGACCGCGGCUCCGUUUUAGCGCGUCACUUUGGUGUAGGCCCGCCCAUCUGUGAACCGGGAGAAAAUGUUCAGCUGAAGGGAGAGGCUCCGCUGGGAGAUUCCACUGAUGUAAAGCCACCCAAGCCGCCUGCAGCCAAGGCAGUCAAGGCCGCAAAGGGGCCGCCCCCACGGCCAGCGACCGAAGUUUCGCGUCCCCAGCCUGUAGCGGACUUAAAACCACCUGCACGGACCAAUAACGGCCAUUUACCCCCUAAGCGCCCGCAGCUAAAGGUGCAGAUCCCAAGCGAGAAUUCAGAUAGAGGCAGUGCGACGGGUGAAUCGUCCUCACGCGACUCGGCGGGCAACAAGACAUCGACGCCGGCCAAAGCUAAUCCGGACACUAAUCACUCGGGCGUGGUUCUUCCCCCACCAUCGCCAUCCGCGGGCGCGAUUCUUAGCGCCGGGGCCCAGGGUCCGCCGAACCCUUUCGCCAGACCACCGCCGCCGCCCGGUCCGGCCGCACAGAAUAAUGCCGCAUACAACAACAACAGCAACAUCGACACGCCUAUCUCUGCCCUCCCUAGUCGAUUUGUAUCAGACGCGCUCCUACCAUCACCUUCCAGUUUCUUUCCAGAGUGGGGAUUCAAUCGCUCGGGCCCGGACAGCAAUAUGCUCCCGAGCCCUUUGACGUUUCCCACCCCAGCGGUCCAGUCUGGACCAGGCUUCGGCCGUGAAGACAAUGAUCAAGAAAAGAAACGCAAGAGCCCUGAUAGCGGACCGAGCGCGGAAGGAGUGGUGAAAAAGCCGAAGACGUGAUUUUUGUCACAUCCUCAAAUUGGUGCACUUGACAAAGUUGAUGGCCUCUUAUCCAAACGGCUGCGUUGUCUCCUCUUGUCCUUGUCACAUGUUUUGAAUAUUGGCAUCUAUAUGGCGUUUGUGCAUUUCCAGUCUUUGGUCAAUUUCGCAGUUUAGUCCAUGUCUCAGUGCGUCUGUCUGUGUGUCACUCUCCUUUUGUUUUAGGGUUGUCUUUCGCAGCAACUUUAUACCCCUUUUCCCUUACUUUUUAUUGGCCUUUCCGUUCCUUUG